GGUCACGAACUAUGACCUUUCAGCUUGUCUGUCUGCAGAAAUCAACAUUUUCACAGGCGAAUUCGUGCUACAGAAAGUGGGAGGAUGGCCUCCAUUGAGGACCUACAAGAGGCAGCCAGCACUGCCACACCAGUAAAUAUGGUUGUCCCAACAUGUUCUACUCCUGUAACCAUGGUCAUCCCAGCAUCCUCUCCACCAAUUAACAUGGCAGUCCCACAAUGCAACACUGCAGUGAACAUAUCAGUCCCAGCAGGAACUACAGGAGCACAGGAGGAUAUACAACCACAUAUCAUCACAGUGCAGCAUCCUGGGACCCCUGGAGAGCAAGUGACAUCUGAAGGAGGAGCAGAUAAUAAGCCCAACGUUAUCCACGUUAAUCUUGCUCAGAGUUCUGGCGUGUCAGUCGAUGGCUCAAUGCAGAAUCAGAAUGUUCAGACUUUUACACUGGCUCCAGGGAAUAUAAGCAGUAUCCCAUUCCCAAUAUCCAUCUCUCAAGCAGGUGUCCAGGGAGGGAGCAGUACGCCUGUGAUGUCAUCAAGCUCCCAGCAACAACAGAUCAUUAUGACUCAGCUGAAUCCAGAUGUAGCUGCCAGGUUGAAGCAGGGGUCAACCAUGCGUGUAGCAGGCCUAGGGGAAUCGACCAAUACGCAAAUAGGAGAGGCCCAACUGGCUCAGAUAGCUCAGCUUUCUGCUGCUGGACUGACUGGGGGAAACAUUGACUGGGCAGCUAAAAUUAGGGAGAUGCAACAACAGGGAAGAAUAACAAUAGGUGGCAUUGAUGGUUCAGCUGCCCAGGACUUCAUCACACAGAAACAGGCAUUUGAGCAAAAGAUUGAACCCUGUGUGGUCUGUGGAGAUCGAGCAUCUGGCCGUCAUUAUGGAGCUGUUAGCUGUGAGGGUUGCAAGGGCUUCUUCAAGAGGAGCAUACGUAAGCAGCUGGGGUAUGCCUGCAGGGGUAACAAGGAGUGUCCUAUAACAAAGCAUCAUCGCAAUAGAUGUCAGUACUGCAGGCUACAGAAGUGCCUCACAAUGGGAAUGAGAGCUGAAUUUUCCAAUCUUGCAGCUGUGCAGUCUGAGAGGAAGCCUCCUGAGCCCAAAGACAGGCUCCUCAUUCCUGGAGCCGCCAAUGUGGCCACAUCCACACAAAAGAUCUACAUACGGAAAGACUUUGCGAGUCCUUCAACUGCCAUGACAACUUUUGGCAAAGAGAAAGGUGAGAGUUUGCUGGCAAACCUACAAGAGAGGGUCGUUCAUACGGACCAUGGUUCUGUUCUCUUAACAUCUCAGCAACAUCAACAGCACAUGAUCCAACAGCAGCAACAGCCGCCACAACAACAACAGCAGCAACAACAGGGCACACCUAUAUCAAAUGCAG